UGCAUUGGAAGUGCUGACUCUUAGCCACUUGACUACCAGAGAUUGGUGGGCUUCCUUUUAAAAAUGAAUUUUCUAAGAUAUACUUACCAAAGUUCCUAUGUAUCAUUUAAUAUUACGUUUCUCCAUGUGUUCAAAGUGCCCCCAAUGCUGCAUUAUGGUGAAACUGCAGAAAGUGUAAUAUGUCCUUAGAAAGCAUCCUUUAGUUACUAAUAUACUCCUUAUGAAUAUGGUAAGUGUCCACAUGGGGAUAUGUAUUAUCCUGAAUCAGCCAGCAUUCACUUCCACAGCCUCUUCUUUGUCAGCACUCUUGCUUAGAAUUGUUUUAAGAAGUUUAACGAACAGAAAGGAUUGCUGUAAAAAAGCAUAUUUCAAACAUUAACUAUAUAGACCCUCCAUUGAUUCUGGAAUUCCUGAGCAAUUUUAAUUUAAAACGCUCAUUUUCCGCACUCGUGCCUCCAGUGACUAGAUUCCUUUCCAGGCUCCACUUCAAGCCUGGAUUACUGUGUUCUUUCUCCCUGUUUGGAAAGUUCAGCUUCCCAGAGUUCCUGGAUCUCUUCCGAAUGUAAAGAUUUGGGUCUCUUCCAAGACCUUCACUGAAUGCAGAUGCGCCGCUAACUUCUCCAGAGCCCGCCCCUGGGAAACAGGCACAAGGCAGUCUUGGUGGUUGUAUCUGUUUUAGGUAAAGAAGCAGCAGAAAGGAAGUUUGAAACUCUGUUACAUAAGUUGUCCCACCCUCCAUCAUUCACUACUGUCAGAGUAAAUACGCAUCUAGCCUCAGUACAACAUGUGAAAAGUCUGUUAUUUGAUGAGCUUCAGAAGAAAGAAAACCCCAAAGCUGUGCAUUUUGUGUUUCAUACACUGUGUACUGAAACUUGCCUCCAAAGAAAUGUAAGAUGGAGGAAAACAGAUGCUUGGAGAGGCAGUUUAAUGGAUUAAGUUUUCCUAUUCUUCAGCAUCCAGACCUUCAGGAUGUCUUACUUAUUCCUGUUAUUGGACCUAGGAAUAAUAUAAAACAACAGCCCUGUGAAGUUAUUGUUGGAGCCCAGUGUGGCAAUGCAGUCUUACGAGGAGCCCACGUCUAUGUUCCAGGAAUUGUGUCAGCCUCAAAAUUUAUGAAAGGUGGAGAUGUUGUUUCCGUGUACUCUGAUAUUAAAGGCAAAUGUAAGAAAGGAGCCAAAGAAUUUGAUGGAACAAAAAUAUUUCUUGGAAAUGGGAUUUCUGAACUAAGCCGCAAAGAGAUCUUCAGCAGGCUCCCUGAACUGAAAGGCAUAGGCGUAAGAAUGACAGACCCAGUGUAUCUGAGCCCCUCAUUUGACAACGUACUGCCUAGCUACUUAUUUUUACAAAAUUUGCCGUCUGCUGCAGUAAGUCAUGUUCUGGAUCCUCAGCCUGGAGAGAAGAUUCUAGAUUUGUGUGCGGCCCCCGGAGGCAAAACAACACACGUCGCAGCGCUGAUGCAUGAUCAGGGAGAAGUGAUAGCACUGGAUAAAAUAUCCAACAAAGUAGAAAAAAUAAAGCAGAAUGCGUUAUUGUUAGGGCUAAAUUCCAUCAGGGCAUUUUGCUUCGAUGGAACAAAGGCCCUUAAACUUGAUAUGGUUAAGGACACAGAUGGAGAACCUCCAUUCUUACCAGAAUCUUUUGACCGAAUUCUUCUGGAUGCUCCCUGCAGUGGACUGGGACAGAGACCAAACAUGGCUUGUACUUGGACUUUGAAGGAAGUGACAUCAUAUCAGCCAUUACAGCGAAAACUCUUCACUGUGGCAGUGGAGCUGCUGAAGCCGGGGGGCGUGCUGGUGUAUAGCACGUGCACUGUCACCCUAGCAGAGAAUGAAGAACAGGUCGCCUGGGCCCUCAAGACAUUUCCUCACCUUCAGCUUCAGCGCCAGGACCCACAGGUUGGAGGAGAAGGGAUGCUGGGAGCUGGCCUGUCAUCUGAGCAACUGAAACGGCUGCAGCGAUUCGAUCCCUGUGUGGUGCCGUCACAGGACAGUGACACUGGUUCUCUCAGAGACGCCAGGAUAGAAGACACGAGUUGGCUCGCAAAUAAGGAUUGUAUAGGCUUUUUCAUUGCAAAAUUUGUAAAAUGCAGAAGCACGUAGGAGAAGGAUCCUUAGAAAUGAAAGUUCCAAACAUUUUCCGUUUUUUUUAAACCAAAAACUGUUGUCAGGCCACGUGAUUGAUGCCGUGGUUGCUGAGGAAACAGAAAGGGCUGCCGGCUGUUCCACCAGGAAUCAAGAGACUGUACUUCACAGAGGAAGUAGCCGGGGGGGGGGGGGGGAGGGGGGGCACUUGUGUGUCUAAAAUACUUUUCCUUUAUGGAUUUAGCAGAGUAUAAAGAAAAGGAGAUGCCUGAAGAUGUCUGGAACAUUUCAUUUGGGGUCUUUGUUUUAAUUUGUAAAGAAUGCAAGUCAUUUUUAAUGUUAAAAUAAGUGGAUUUAACAAAAGGAAUAAAAUUAGUGGUAUUUAAUUUGGUUAUAAAACACGUUUUCCGUUAUUGAGUUCCUUCAGAAUUCAGGGUGUGGGAACUAUAACUUAUUUAUCAAGUGCCAGGAACGUAGCUGGGGAUUUCACCUGACUUUUUCUGUUUACUAUUUGGUAAGUCAACCCUCUUUCAAAUGAAUUCUGGACUACUCCCAGUAACAGUCUCCCUUCACUAUGUUGACGUUUUUUCUUCUGUCAUAUCUUAAACUAAAAACUAAAAUGAAUUUUUUUAAACUCUGUAGAUUAAAAAUGAGACUAUUGCACAAUUCGGGUACCUUUUAGCAUCUAAUGGAAUACAUACAAGUUCCUAGAGACGUGAUUGGUGAGAAAACCAUCUUGUGAGAGCUGGGAAGUGGCCAGGCGCUCACAGCUAAGCCUUGGUGUUCUCCCUCUGAACAGAAGCAGCUCCACAGAACACCUUCCCCAGACCAAGCAACUGUGACUAGGUCAAGACGAAACAAGACCACUUCACCAUCAGACCUGAAAUCCCCCAAACUGCAGAAGUCUCCAUUAGGAACUUCUUGAAACUUCCUUGUUUCCCUGAAGAAUGCUCAUCUCAUCUCAGAUCAGCAUGACUCUUGACGUGUUAGUAAGAUUAUCCAGGAGUAGCAGCAUUGUGUCACUGAGCAAAGGGCGAGGAACUGAAGAUCCAUUCUGAUGACAAGUUUAUUUUAGAAAAGAAAAGUACAGUUCAAAAUCGGAGGCAAGAAUUGCAGACCAUAUAGGAUGAAGGUGGGAGAAAGUUGGCUUUGCCGUGCUCAGGUCUUCAGAGGCCUUUGACCUGCCGGAAGCUGUCACUUUUCAGGUGUCGUGGGGAGAUGACCACAGCCCAUCAGUGACGGGCAGCACCCCCCAGGAUGAUGCGCCCCACACGCGAAGUGCAGAGCAGGUGUCCGACGCAGGAAAACCUCAACGUCUCGUUCACUUCAAGUCACCUCCUUUUGCCCUGAUUUCUUGCGAAGAGCAGAAGCUUUGGUUAUAAGAAGCACUUCGAGGUUGUGACGGACAGUGAAAGUGUCGGAGCGGGGGGAACACAACGGGCACGGCGGGCGAGGCGAGGUGAGGAGACGGGGGGAGUCGGGAGCAUCUGUGUAAACACUUCUCUCUCAGACGAGAGGUCGUCGGACAUUUCCAGUGAAACACUCAUCACAGUGGCCCGUGUGGCCCCUCUCCAGGAGCCAGCGGGGGGCAGCUCUCCGGGGCGUUCCCUCUGGCGGCACGUGCCCUCCUGGCCCCUGACGGCUCGGCGGGCCACAGCGGCGCAGCGAGCCGCGGAGCCAGGCAGGUGGACGCCUCGGCCCUGGGCUGGCCGCCGCUGUCGUCAGCGUGCACGCCCGUCACUGGCUCGUGUGCACGCGGCUCCCAGACUCCAGUGCCGUGACCUGAGACACUGGCUACGCAGGACGUGGCCGUCACAAUCAGUGUGAACGGCACGGAGCGGAGCAACCCUUGGAGUUUGGUUAUAUUUCCCAGAAUUUAUGGUCACAAUGAUUAACGUACAGGGAUGGAGGAACAUUCAGAAAUCAAACCUUUUCAAGUCAGGCAGUCACACGUAUUUACAGUAUGUACAGACUCUCUACUAGAACGGGAAUAGGUGUCUAGACGACGUUAUUACAAAUUUCCUGAAGGUGGGCAUUUCUAGUCCCUGUAAUUCAGAAAGCAAAUCUGCUGGCUUGGCAUUAAGACUCUGAAAUAGUGCGAUCAAACUGAUAUAUAUAUAUAUAUAUAUAUAUAUAUAUAUAUAUAUGUGUAUAUAUAUAUAUAAUAUAUAAUUAUCAUAAGAAGGUGUUUGCAGAAAUAACAUUUACAAACUGUCUAUACAGUACACAAUGCUAGUACAUGGAAAAUAGAUUCUGACUUUGAUCCCCUUGGUGUAAGGCAAGACAGUCUGUCCCCAAGUUUAGUCAGCCAGAGGUACAAGCGAGAAACAGUGGUCCACGGGUGACUAUGCAAAUCAGGCGCCUACAUAUUAAAGGUCGGGAGAACCAAGCGAUUCCACUUUUUACGUGGGCUGCUUGAUUCCGGCCCGCUGGAUACAUCAACCACAUUUUCGAAAACAUCAGCUAUGCUCCUUAAAAUCCUGAUGCCACCUGGAUGGCAACAGAUGAUAUUGUUCAAGUGGCAGCGAUCCUAGACAGUUUUCAAAGUGCAGUAGACAACCAGAGGACUGCAGCCUUUCCAGGCGAAUUUAUAUAGCACUUACUUACAAAAGGAAAAUAAAAAGUAUAUUAAUACUCUAUUUCAUGCUGUUGCUAUCCAAGCAACAGCAGUACAAAAUAUACAAGACAGAUCACAUAUGAUUGCAAUGUAGACCCCCAAGAUGGAGUUGGAGGGUGGUGGUAUACAAGACUUAAAAAUAAGAAAACCAACGACACAAAAGGGCAAAAGUCACUGGCGGAUGUAAACCUCCCUGUUCCAGUCCCCAGCCUCAUGCCGUCUCCUGGACACCCCUUCCCCCUCCCUGUCACAGCAGCGAUCCUUGGAUUUGUGGCGGCUCCACUGUUUGUCGUCCUCGUUGUGGUCCUGCUCUCGAUCCGGGUCCCGGGAGCGGUGCCGAGACUCCCUGUGUCUGCGCUCCCCACCCCCGUGGGGUUCCUCUCUGUGGCUGUGAUCUCGGUGCGGGGCGCAGUGGUCUGCAUGUUCGUGGGAAUAAUCUUCCUUGGGCUCCGCGUAUGCGGAGUCGCGACUCUCCUGCGUUUCUGAAUCCAAGGUCUCCUGCCUGGAGAGGCCGCGGCUGGCCCCGCUGCGAUGGCUGUGGUGCUGGGGUUUCUUGACUGGGUCUGGGCAGGGUUCUUCUUCAGCUUGGGAAGCAGAAUGGGUGGCGGCCGCGCGAUCCGUCCUCGGAUCCCCUUGAGACGCCUGGAGGCGAAGGAGCAAACACAGGCCUCAGCCAAGGUCGGGGUCUGGGGAACUGUCACAAAAGCAAGUGUCUAGUCCCUUUUCACAGUCUCUAAAGUGCCGAAAUGAAAUCCGACCUAGCUCGGGUGCUUAAUGUGUGCGAUAACAUCCAGUAGCAUUUAUAUUGUAUUGGACUUUCUGUUAAUUUGUAAGCGCCUAGAACAGCACAGAGUAACUUUACAAAUUUUUUUAAAAUGAAUGAAUGAAGGAGGGAGGGCAUUCUUUUAUAUGUUCUCUUGUGGUUCAAAUAUAGGUCCCUGAGAUCUGUCUACACAUGGGUGGACACUUAACCACCUCUGCUCGGAUACAGGUGGGAAGAUUAAAAAUUCUUAGGAUGUUGGCUUUAAGGGAAAAAAAUGAUAAAAUGUCAAAUGCUUAAGUGGCACUUACUGAGAGACCAGCAGUGUUAUGAGACUGUCACGUAUACUGACUGAUUAAAUACAACAACCCUGUAAGCCAAUCUCAUGAGAAAAGUCACGUGACAGCCCCACAAGGUAGGGUCGUUAGUAUUCCUGAGGCAAAGGGCAGGUAAGGAUUUUAUCCAAGAUUAAAGCCCUGGGAAGGGGUGGAGAGGAGAGGGAAUUGAACCCAGGUAGUCUGAGUCCACAGUCUGUGCUGCCGGCCACAUAGAAAGUUCCUCUAUGCUGGCCCGAACAGAAUAUGGGGAGAGCGGAUUUUACGGUUUAUAAUACAGUAAGUCCCCUACCUACGGACCUUCAGGUUGUGAACUUCCAAAAGAUGCAAACAUAGCUUUGCGUGUCAAAUCACUAAGUUAGAUCAUGUGUCUGGCGUACGUUGUCAGGUGCGUGCAUCCUCUGCCAGUGGUUGUGCUUUUGUGUUCUUUACCGUAUAGGGUACGGUGGUACCGUAUCUUUAUUUCAAGCUCAGGAUGGUCGGAAGCGAGCGUAAAAGCAGUGGUGACCUAGCGGGUACGACUGUCCUUUUUCAAGGGACUGUACUGUAAGGUUAAAAAUGUUUUAUGUUUUGUUUGUUUCUUCUGUAUUAUGUGUGUGCAAAGUAUAAUAAACCUGUCACGGUACAGUACUAUA